AUGUCAACGUAAAUUUCAAAUUAGAAAAUCAAAUUCUUAGGUGAAUAUUGCUAUUAACCUCCUUAAAACCUUAUUCAAUAACAAAAUUAUUAAAAUAAUCUUCCUAAUCACUAACACACUUAAAACUCUAAUCCAAAAAUUUCAGUUAGAUAAACUCCUUAUUUAAAUAAUAGUGAGCCAAAUAAGGCAAGAUCCUCCUCUCAAUUUUAAGUUCCAUUAAAUCCUAUUCAUAACACAUUUUUAAACCUUAAUGAAAUGAAUUUGUACGAAAAGACUUAUGAAAAGUCAAUCAAUAAACCCCAAAUCAAAGAUGAAUAUUUAAAUACAUAAUAUUCUCAAUUAAAAAAAAAUAUAAGAGAUAACGAUUAAUAAUCCAUUAACUGCCAAUCUUAUGUAUAUAAAAUUAACGAUGGACAUAAUAAUAGUGAUAAUACCAAUUCGUAAUACCAAAAUUAACCUUAAAUAUAUAAUUUUAUAUAAAACAGAAAUAAUAAUACAAACAAUUAAACUAACUAAAAAUCAUAUUCAUAGGAUAUAAAUCAAUAAUUUCUUUAAACCAAUCAAAAAAAUAAUUCUGAAUUUAAUUGUCAAUAGAAUAGCACAAAUAGUUAAUUAAAUUAUUACAAUAAUAACUAAUAUUAAGUGUAGAAUUAUCCAACAGGAAAUCAAUUUAUUAAAAAUUAAGGACACAUUUCUAUUGUAUAAGCCAGCAUAGAAUAAAAAUAAUAAUAAUAAAACUAAUAAGUUUAAUAAGAUGAUAAUUUUGAAGUUUCUGAAGACUUAACUUAAUCAAUAACUAGAUCUAUAUCAUAUUCAUGCAAACAUUGCCAGGCAAGAAUAUUUCAUGAGAUUAUUCAACUCGAUUGUUAUCAUUUUUAUCAUCCUUAAUGUUUUUAAGACCAUUUGGACAAAUAAAUCGAUGUUUAAACAUAUAGACCUUUAAAAUGUCAUUGUUAAAAAAAGAUAUCUGAGUCUUAGAUAAAAAAUGUAUUAAAAUUAAAUUAAAAAUCUGACUUGAUAGAUAAAUUACAAAAAAAAUAAAUCAGCACUAUUUAUAAAAUGUACAAUUAAAUUUUAAAAUUACAAAAAUGUAAUUAAUGUGAUUUUUUUUGGGUUGCAGACUAAAAUGAUAAUUUUUAGAAAACUUAUUAUUGUUAAUAAUGUGAGAAAAACUAUUAUAAAAAAUGA